AUGGCCACGCCCCAGCCGUUGCCAGCCGGAGCAAGAGCCGGAGCGGACCCCCUCGCCGACGCAGCCGACGCAACGCCCAUCCCGCAGGCCUUCUUCCUCGUCCUGUUCUGCCUGUUCGUCGUCCUCUUCAUCCGCAUAACACACUUCACGCUCUCUGAUCACCACGAGUAUGCCAUCACCCGCAGCAUCGAGUGCCAGCAUCGACGCGGGCACGAGCCAUCUUGUAGCCCGUGCCGCGAAAUGCCUGCCAGCUCGUCCUGCGCUGGCUUCAACACAAUGACAUCCCCCGGAGACAGUCCAUACUUGCCCAACCUGGUAUUCGGGGACAGUAUAGACCGUAACAGUACGCCGCUACUGGCUCGCCGGGAACACGGGGCACAAACCGAGUCAGUGGCGAUGGAUCCAGUAGCUGGCAAGGCUGAAGAGGACUGGGAAGGAUACUCGGCCCUCAAUGGGACCAACAACUUGAACACGCCGUCGAGUUGGACAGCAUAA